AUGGCUCCCUCCGAUUUGGACCAGCUCAUUGAGAUGGGCUUUGAUAAGGAACGAGCCGAGUUGGCCGUUGCCAAGGGCGGUGGCCUCCAGGGCGCUUUAGAAUGGCUCGAAGCGAACCAAGACAAAUCUUUAGAGGAGAUAAAGGCCGAGGCUAAGAACGAUGAUGAGGAAGAAGGUCCUGAGCUCCAACCGGGCGAGGAAGCUAGGAGCCUGGUCUGCAACGACUGUGGAAAGAAAUUUCGAAGCCAUGCACAAGCGGAAUUCCACGCCUCCAAGUCUCAACAUGUUGAUUUCUCUGAAUCUACGGAGGAACUCAAGCCUCUCACGGAGGAGGAAAAGAAAGCAAAGCUGGAAGAGCUCAGACAAAAGCUGGCAGCGAAGCGAUCGGUGCAAUCUGAGCAGGAUAAGGUUGACCAGAAGAGAAAUGAAGAAAUCCGACGAAAGAGCACCAAAGAAUCCCAAGAUGCGAAGGAGGAGCUCCAGAGGAAGCAAAUGCUGAAGGAAGCAGAGAAGAAGAAAAAGGAGAAGCUGGCAGACAUCGAAGCGAAACGACGUGUUAAGGCGAAGAUUGAGGCCGAUAAAGAAGAGCGGCGACGGAAGGCUGAGCGGGAGCGCGCAGAACGAGCGGGUGUAGCACCUCUAGCUGAACCAGCUUCUGCUCCAUUGGCCACAAGUUCGGGCCCUCCCACUUCGAAGCCCGCAUCUGCCUACACGGAAACUCGCCUGAGAUUCCAAACCCCUAAAGGAAACAUUAUGAAAACGCUUCCUGUCACGACCACGCUGUUCGAGGUUGCUGCAGCUCUCAAACAGGAGGAUGGCAUUGACGUCCAGAGUUUCUUGCAAACCUUCCCAAGAAAGGUUUUUGAUUCUGAAGUCUACGGGGAAUCACUAAAGGACCUUGGCCUUACGCCCAGCGCAAGCCUCGUAGUCCAUGUUGGCGACCAACAUCGAGGCAAUCCGACAUGCAUCAUGAUGCCCAACACGGCCGACACUACAUCAGCAAACCCGUUUGAGGAACGUCCUCGCCGCAUGAAUGAGUAUACAGCACGGGAGAUCGCCACAUUGCAAGCACGGCUCGAUAAGAAACUAGGCCCCGAAUACAUCUCCUCUCGGCCAGGCGCCGCGGGACAGAGAGUCCAUUAUUUGGCUGCAGACAAAUGCAUUAACCUUGCCAACGAGGUCUUUGGCUUCAAUGGGUGGUCAAGUUCGAUACAACAAAUUCAGAUCGAUUUCGUUGACGAAAGCCCAAAUACAGGAAAGAUUAGCUUGGGUUUGUCGGUGGUAGUGAGGGUGACUCUGAAGGAUGGGACUUACCAUGAGGACAUCGGGUACGGUCACAUUGAGAAUUGUAAAGGGAAAGCCGCAGCUUUCGAAAAAGCAAAGAAAGAAGGAACCACAGAUGCCCUGAAACGUACAUUGAGGAACUUCGGCAACGUGCUGGGCAAUUGCAUUUAUGAUAAAGAUUACGUAUCGAAAGUAACGAAAGUGAAAACAGCACCUGCAAGAUGGGACGUGGAUGACCUUCACCGACACCCUGAUUUUGCACCCAUCAAAAAAGAACCAGUUCAGCCGAAGCCGAUACAGGAGGAUGAUGAUCUCCCUCCUCGCCCGAUUAAUGCUGGAAAGAGCAACAGUAGCUCAGCCGAUACCGCCUUCGAUGCUGAUGGAGAGUUUGGAAGUGACCUAUUUGACGAAGCGGACUUUGGAGUCGCCGCAACUGGAAACCCAGAUGAAAUAGUAAUAGGCCCAGAUGCGCAGAGGUUUCAGCAGCCACCAACACCUAUGAACCGUCAAACUGGUCCAGCUCCGUACAGAGGCCCUCAACAACAUAAUCCCUUAGCCGGAGCAAGACCCAAUUCCGCCAUUGUCACACCAUCCAAGCCAGAACGACCGCUCAGCCAGGCAGCUGCCUCUAGACAGAUACCACCUCCUAUUCUGAAUGGCAGGCCAAACCCUACUGCACCCGCUCAAAACCCGCCCCACAACCUUCCAAGCGGAAGGAUACAACCAGGUCAACCAAGACCUAACCAGGACACAGCCUUGCCCAGUGCAGGUGGUCAGGUGCCCAUUAAACGGGAACAAGUUCACAAUCCCAACGAUCCCAGAUCCCAGGACAUGCUCCCACCCGGAAGCUCACCGAUGCCAUCCGCUUCAUUUUUCUCAGCCCGAGCAGUCGAUCUCCUACGAGACAAUCCACAAGCCAAUGCAGCCCCGGCAUUCGACCCCCACGCAGAAAGCCCAUCCAUCCGCAAGACAGCAGGCGUCGACCAUAGCAAAAGUGUCCCGAUUUCCAAACCCAUGCUUGCCGGCGUAUCCCCGGCCGCCAACAACACCCGUGACUUCGUCAACCCCUCUCAAGAUAUGCAUCGGAAAAUUGGCGCCCCUGGCGGAAUCGGCAUUCCCAUGAAUCGAGGCCAGACAACCUCAUCCUACCGCCCAUUAACAAGACCGAACAUCGACCCCAGGAAUGCUGCGAAUGCUGCAGCUGCAAACCGGGGCGUCGGGCCACAGAAUCUAAACGGUAAACGACCUCCUCUGAGUGACGUAACUAAUGCAUCCACCUUGGGCAGCAGCGGGCCUGCUCCCGUCGGUGGUGCAAUAGACCCUAAGAGGCCGAAAAUCAAUGAGGGACCUCUACCACAGCAACAGCAACAGCAACAGCAACAGCAAUAG